AUGGCGGGUGUUUCAACGUUACCUCAAGAAAUUCUCAUGGAGAUCCUCUCCAAGCUUCCUGCUAAAUCCCUAGUACGAUUCAGGUGCGUUUCUAAAUUCUUCUGCGCUCUCAUAGCUGGCCAUGGCUUUGGCGUUUUGAAUCGCAGCUUGUCCUUAACUCUUCCCAGUAGGGCGGGCUUUCUCAUCUCUAUCGAGGUUCGACCACCGCACCCCGCCCCUUACCGUCGUGUAUAUUACACCCUAAAUUUCAGCGAAGAAGAAAACCCCCGCCGCCUCCAAGCCAACCGUGUCGGCUUCCUAGACGCUGAACCCUUUCUACUCUCGUCUUCCUCUGACGGCCUGAUUUGUGUGUCCAAACCCAAUGGAGAUGUCGCUGUUUGCAACGUUAGUACGGGACAGCGUAUUUUCCUUCCAAGAAUCCAAUACAAGGACUAUACACUAUUGUUGGCGUACGAUUCACAAUCUAAAAGAUACAAGGUUUUGAUGUCAACCCAGAUGAUUGAUCAAGAGAGCAGCACGAGGAACAAGCUCACCUACUACGAAUAUAAGCAAUGGGUUUUUACUGUGGGAGUGGAUAGAUCAUGGAGGGAGAUCAACGACUACUAUUCCUUCCCCUUCUACCCCAUUGAUGGCAUCAAUUCCCCCUGUAACUGUUCCAAUACUAGUGUUUACAUUGAUGGUGUUAUCUAUUCCUAUAAUAUGCAGACGAAACAUAGCAUGUUCCGUAGACUCCAUAUAGUAGCAUUUGAAGUUGGGUGUGAGAGUUUUUCUGUGAUAACCCUUCCAGAUCAAGUUUCAUCACAGUCAUAUUUAUUUUUUACAAAGUCUGCAUUGCUAGAAGUUGGAGGUCGAUUGGCUAUAGUUCAUGUUCGUGUUCCUGAUCUAUUCGGAGAAGGUCUAUGCUACAUGGAUGUUUGGACUUGGGAGAAAUCUAAGAAAUGUUGGGAGAAGAUUAUUGUCACCAUUCCAUUAGAAUGGCAUAGAAUAAUUUGCUAUGCUAGUUCGUUGCGCUUUGCUACAAAUCAUGAUGGGGAGAUUGUAUUGUUAUGUAUAUAUGGUGAGCAAUUUUUUAUUUUGGUUUGUAACUUGACAAGUGAGGUUUGGAGAAAAUUUGAUUUAAGUGGAGUUGAAGACCUUCCAAUUUUUAGCUGUUGGGAAGUUACGCUGCACAACGUUGUGGACCAUGUGUUUCCCUUGGAGUAA